UUUAGUUAACCAGCCUUUGACGAUUUUAAACAGAGUUUGUUGGCUAGACAUUUUUCUUUGGAUCUUAAAAAUGCUUUUUUUCGUAUCAACAUGAAGAAUGCACAGUUAUCUCUGGUGUUUGUUGUCACUUAAAAUAGAGACAAAAGAAGCAAGAUACUUUUGAUAUGGAGACUUUCGCACCAGCUGGCAAUUGAAUCAACAGGAUUUUUGUGAUGACUUUGCUCCUAUUUGUGCACUUCCUUCUACUGGGGUUAAGGGUCAUUGACUGCACAGCAGACACAUGGAGACGCUGCACAGAUAUGCUUCCUUUGGAUCUAUUGUCUUUUGUCCUCGAGAGGGACACCUCCAAACUGGUACCAGGGGUGCACAUGAAGCAGGCCGGAGGGGUGAGGGGCAUUCAUUUCUCAAGCCCUCAUACCUCAUUGAGCUUUCCCUCCUCCCAGCUGCUGGUCAACUGCGACCUCCUCCCGAAACAAUUCUCCAUUGUUUUGACACUAAAGGUCACCAGCAGUGCGCCCAAGAGAAAUGAAUACAUCUUUUCCUUGACGGAGCCAAAAAAAGUAGAGAAAGCAGGAGUGGGUGAGGAAGAAGAGGAGAACAAUAAGCGGGACCUUUUGGAAAAUAGGGGUGUCAGUGGAGUGGAGCAACAUGGACAGGGGGAGAAGGAGAGGCGAGUCAAGAGUAAUAAGGAGCCUGGACGCAUCAUCUUGGGACUGAGGCUCUCCAACAACCGUCUGCACUUCAUUCUUAAAGGUCACGGAGGGGUCGUGGAUCAUUGGGUGUUUCGAGGUGCACGAUUGGAUGACAACCAGUGGCACACGAUGGUGUUAGUCAUUGGUAGUCGUCAUGUCAGGCUCACUGUGGACUGCAACUCACCUCUGGAAAUAGUUCCCUCCGCGCCUUUCCCCUCAGACCUCAACAUUCAAGGAGCGAGAUUUCACAUUGGCAGUCGGGGAAGAUGGAAAGGCUUGUAUUCAGGUCUGUUGCGGCAGCUGGUUUUGGUGCCAGGUUUGGACGCCACCCAUUACAUCUGCCCCUCCUCUAACCCCCAACUAGCAGUUCUGUCAGUACCACCGCUUCUCUCAGACCUUUCUGUCAUAGGGACAGAGGGUGACAACCAUGUGACUUCUUAUGAGACAGAGGAGCGAGUGUCAGUGGGGUCAGAGCGGCCGUGCUCAGCGACGUUACAAGGCCAGAUGUGGUUCAAUCCACUCAGUAAAGGCCUCUACCUCUGUGACGGUACUUUGUGGAUCACCGUGUUAGAGGAUCAUAAACGACUGGACUAUGUGUCAGAACACCAGGUCCUCCCCACCAGCUCUGAGACACAUGAUGUAGAGGUGUUCCAGAUACCUGGCCUGGGUAUGAUGGCGGCUAUGGCUCACAGGUCAGCCUCUGGCUCCGCUGUGUAUCUGUGGAACAACGAAGGUUUCCAACUCUACCAGAAUAUCAGCACAUAUGAAGCUCUGGCUUGGAGACACUUCAGCAUUGGCAAAAAGGUUUAUCUGGUGGUUUCUAACUCUGGAGGAGGGCCAAACAAGCGUAAACAGCCAGAGAAUGACUUUUCUGUGAUUUACAAGUGGAGCAAAAGAAGAAAAGUAUUUGUGCGGUUCCAGACUCUGCAGACUCAUUGUGCACGCGACUGGGAGGCAUUUAAAAUCAAUAAACAAAUCUAUCUCGCUGUAGCCAAUCACAGACACGGAGAUAAAAAUCACACCAUAGACAGUGUGAUAUACAGAUGGAACAGGUUAACAAAGUCUUUUGAGGUCCACCAGAUGCUGCGGACCUCAGGGGCUUACGACUGGGAGUUCUUCACAGUCGGACCGUACCAUUUCCUUGUGGUCGCAAAUGCUUUUGAUGGAGUGACAACCUCUGUUGAUUCAGUCAUCUAUAUUUGGGUCAAUGGAAGCUUCCAGGUGUUUCAGACAAUAAAGACGUUCUGCGCCACAGACUGGGAAAUGUUUCAGAUUGGCAGUAGAGUCUUCUUGGUUGUAGCCAAUGGACACAGACUCCAGGGUAAUGGGCCCAGUCAAUAUGCCAUCAACUCCACCAUCUACGAAUUGGACAUGAUUGGACAGCUGUUUGUCCGCUUCCAGGAUAUAGUCACCUACAGUGCAGUGGACUGGGAGUUCUUCAGCCUCGGGGAGGAAUAUUUUCUGGUUGUCGCUAACUCCUUCAACGGGGAAUCGUACUCUCUCAACAGCGUUCUCUACAGGUGGCAGGGAUAUGAAGGAUUUGUUCCUAUUCAUUGGCUCCCGACGAUUGGAUGCAGUGACUGGGAGUUUUUUAGCUCUAAAGGAGAAUCAUAUCUGAUCUAUUCAAGUGCCAAAGCACCUCUUGCCAAAAUCUUUAAACUGAAAACUUAUUAGGAAAAAAGGAGAGUGCACUGUGUUUUUUUGUAUGAACCUGUUCUCAUUCUUCUUUGGAAGUGUCCAAGUGUUCCUGUGUGAGAAGAUUUUUUCCAUUAUAUUUAAAAUAUGUGAUUGGGUUUAAGCAAAUGUGGCUUUUCUCUUCUUAUUUAUAUAUUGCCAGGGCCAUAGCAGCAAUUUAGGUCAUGACUUUAAUACUGUUUUGGGGAUUAUUGGGGUUAAACAACAUGAGGGACAACAUGCAUAGGUUGAGAAAAAUGUGAGUAAUGAGAACAUUUCAUAGAUUUUUUGCGGCGACUACUAGAAAUGCCCCAGAGGUUUUGGCUAGUAUGCAGCUCUGCAUACAACCGUUAGUGCUAUAAGUUAACAACGCAUGUACCUCAUAAUAACCCAAAUAUCACAAGCACAAUAUUUUAAUGAGAGUUUAUCUGUCUAUUUGUGUGCAUUGUCUGACAGAAAUGUAUACAGCUAUGUGAGAUUUAUAUAUUUCUGUUACAACAUUUAAUAUGAAAGAUAUUUAACAUUUUGUUUAUUAACUGCAUUUAUGAAAUUGGACUGAUUGUUACUUAUUGCAUUAA